AUGGCGAGAGAAACAGAGAGAGACAUCCAGGCCAUACAGAGUGCAACAGAGACCAUGAUGCAGUGGAGGCCCAACCCCACCCUGGCGGUGCUGUCACCAGAAGAUGCUGGAGUGGUGGUGCGGUACACUGGCCCGCCAGCACCGCCGGACAGAUCCGCCCAGUCGCCGGGGUCGCGGGAAUGCAACCUUGAGCCACAGGGCCAGUCGCGGCUGACCUGGCGGCAAACCGACCGAGGGGAGCGACGCGGAGGCCCGACAGCCCGCGAAGAGCGGCCUCCCCGCUGCAGGUACUUUCCAACAGAAAUGUACCACUGGCACCGUGAAUGCCCCAUCAAGGCUGCCGGAGAAGGGGAAAACGGAGGGGCGGUCAGCGCCGGCCCGACGGGCCGUGCCUCGAGUCUUCGGCGAGCUCCCCCGCUCGCCCCACAUCAUCGGCAUCCCCGCCAGCAGCUGCGGGCGCCAGUGAUCUACCACCCCCGCCUACCUGACGUCGGCGGGGGCGGUCAGCGCCGGCCCGACGGGACGUGCACCGAGUCUUCGCGGCGGCCCGAUGGGCCGUGCCCCGAGUCUUCGGCGAGCUCUGCCGCUCGCCCCAUGUCGUCGACGUCCCCGCCAGCAACUGCGGGCUCCAGUGAGCUACCGCCCCGCCCACCUGACGUCGACGGGGGCGGGCUGUUCCCCGAGUCUUCGGCGAGCUCUGCCGCUCGCCCCACGUCGUCGGCAUCCCCGCCAGAAGCUGCGGGCGCCAGUGAGCUACCGCCCCGACCACCUGACAUCGGCGUGGGCGGUACGCGCCGGCCCGACGGGCCGUGCCCCGAGUCUUCGGUGAGCUCUGCCGCUCACCCUACAUCGCGGGGGGCCUCGACAGUAGAUGCGGGGCUAGAGGAUAGGCUGUCCCGGCUCGGGUGCAUGGGUCCUGAGGAAGGCAGUCUACUGCGCAUACCUGUCCGGGUGGACGGCCGGGAACUGGAGGCGCUGGUGGACACCGCCGCCAGCCACAGCUAUAUUGCCGCCCACCUCGUCGCCGGUGCUGACGUGACAGCUGAGGCUGGGACAGUCCUGCUGGCCACCAGGGGAGCUUGCGCGUUAGCCAAACGGACGCCAUAG